UCAAAAGUUGAUGAAACCCUAGAGCCCAACCCUUACUCCCUCACUCAAAUCCACCGCCAGCUCCUCUGAUCCACUCGCCAGAUCCAUAUCCGCUGCUCGCUGUGCCCCCUGCUGCCUGACCGCCUGACCCAUUGCUUCUGUUGUCGCCUCGCUGCUCCCGCAUUGACGGCGAAGAGUUCGGAUUAUGCGAAGAAGGCGGUGGCGGCCGAUAAGCUUGCUGAGCUUGCGUUGAUUGAUCCCAAGAGAGCAAAAAGAUAAACAGGUGCUCGUCAACCAAGAACCCAAGUUUGCCGCAAUGACCAAAGUUUUAGAUGAGGUACAUGGAGCUAGCAAGAAACCUGAGAGACAACACACAUCAUUACCUAGGUGAGUUAGACACGAUGGGACGUCCAGCCUCAGUCUUUUUUCGGAGAAUUUGAUGGGCAUGGAGGCCGAGCAGCUGUAGACUUUGUCUCUGAGAAGUUAGGGGAAACUAUAAUAAGAGCUCUCGACAGGCUUGAAGAAGGAGAAGGCAAGUUAGAAAUGGCAAUGAGAUCAGGAUAUCUGACUACAGAUAGAGAAUUCCUUAGCCAGGGUCUUAAUAGUGGAGCUUGCGCCGCUACUAUUCUACUCAAGGAUGGAGAGCUUCAUAUCGCGAAUGUAGGCGAUUGCAAAGUAGUGAUGAGCAGAAACAAAGAAGCUAAAACCCUAACAGUCAGCCACAAUCCGGGAACAGAAAAUGAAAGAAAUCGCAUUGAGAGCUUGGGGGGAUAUGUGAGUUGCAGAAAUGGAACGUGGAGAGUUCAGGACUCAUUGGCGAUAUCAAGAUCAAUCGGCGAUGCAAAUUUAAAAGAAUGGAUCAUUUCUGAACCUGAAACAACAUCACUAAACUUAACUUCAGACUGCGAGUUUCUGGUAUUGGCUUCUGAUGGCCUCUGGGAUAAGGUACCUACAUAG